AUGGAGAUUUUAUUGACUUUUUUAGGUUACCUUAUUUUUAAUGUCAAUUCUUCUAUAAAAUCAUGUGAAGAUUUAAAAUAUCAACCUUUUAUAACUUGUUACUCAUAUAUUUCAAGUUGUUAUAUUUUAGAAGGAGAUAAUGAAGAUUAUUCAAAACUUCAGCAUAUUGAAACUUAAAUUAUAAAACCUUCAUUCAUAAUUCCUUUGUAAGAAUAACCAAUUGUGAUUAGAAUUAUUGAUAAUUUGGAUGAAAAAAAGAAAAUACAAGAAAAACUAUUAUGUUACUUAUUUAGUAAAAUUUAAUAUUCUAUCGUUUGUAUAAGUUUUGACUUAGUUAUUUAAAAUGACUAAGUUAAUUUUAUUGAGAAGCUUAGAUUUGAUACAAACAUAGUAGCCAGUGAAGACUGUAAAGAAAUGAAUAUGAAUGAAGAUGGAAGUUUAAAUUUAUUCUGUUUAAGUAAAUUUAAAUUAAAAUAAUAUACCUUAUAUCUAUUAAGAAGGAAUGUUACUUUAAAUUUAGAACAUAAUGUUCAAGAUUAAAUAUAAGAUAGUUGUUAAAUAAAAUAGAUGAAAUGGAAAGAAAAUUAAUACAUUAUAGCAUUUUAUCAAUGUUCUAAUUGGAAAAUAUUAUUGAUUAAUAAUAGUGAAGUAUAAAAUCUAUUAGAUGCUUAAAUGAAGGAAAACGAAACUUUUUUAUAAGGGUUCUCUUAUAUCCAUGAUGUAUCCUUUUGUAUGCAUAAUCAAUUAAUAUUUGCUUUAUAUUUGAUUGAAAAUGAUUCUUAUCUUUAGGUAAAUAUGAAUUCUUUAGAAAAAAAAUUUGCUAAUUAUUUUUCAUUUGAAAAUACAAAACGCAUAUUAAAGAUUAUAGUAUAAUAGACAUGUUAAAUCAUAAUUAUUGUUUAUCCAUUAUAAGAUAACAAAUAAAAAGUAAUUAAUUAUCAAACAAACAAGGAGAUCAAUUUAAAUUAAAAAUAUUAAAAUCAUAAUAUCUAUUUUCAUUCUAAUCUUCUUUUUCUAUAAAACUAAUCUGAAUUAAAUAUUUUAUUGAAUGCUCAUCUAAAUCAAACUUAUUAAAUUAACAACACUCCCUUACACUUUUUUGAAUUUAUUAGGUUAUUCUGUUAAUUCGAUCAAACAAAAAAUACUCUAUAAUUUUAUAGAUAUUUUCAAUUAAGUAGUUUUAUCUAACCUAAGAAGAAAUAUCUCUUUUUAAUUUAGAACAAAGAUUUAUUUAAAAGUAAUACUAUAUAUAUGUGUUUAAGAAUAAUUUAUGAAAAUAACACAUUAGAUGAUAUCUAAACAAAAUUAGUUUAGAAAAUAACAAUGUAAAAUAAUUGUUAAAGUAAAUUAAAAUAAAUAAUUUGGAAGACAGAAGGUUAAAGUUUAUUGAAAAAUAGUUAAUUCAAUUUAUAUAAUCAUGGUGUUAGCAUAAAUGUAAGUAUAAGAAAUAAUGACAAAUUUGUAAAUUACUGUUUAUCAAAGCUAUAACUAUUUAAUUUCAUAGGCAAUAUUGAAGUUAGAUAAAUAAAAAUUCCUGGUUUCAUAUGUUUUCAAAAUGAAACUUAGUUUUUUAUUUAUAAUUGCAACGAAAAUAAAUUAUAAAUUUCAAUUAAUAAAGAAUAAUUUGAAGUACUUGAAUCUUAUGGAGAUUAUAUUGUAGUAAGUAAAAACAAUAAAAAUUUAUUGAGAAUAAUUUAGUUAUAAAAUGAUUUAAUAUUCUAAUUCAAAAUAGAAUUUGAUGAUUUGAUUAUAAAGGCUUAACAAAUUUCUUAAAGUGUGUUUCUUUACAUGAAUAAUUCAAAUCUGCCUCCAUUAAUUUAUUCAAAAUAUCAAUCAAAUUUUAAUAGUAAAUAUCUCCUUAAGAGUCUUUAUUAAUCUGAACCUAUUCUAUUUUAUUAUGAAGCAGAAAAUUAAAGGUUUAUUUAAUAUCUUAAUGUUAUGGCAGUAGAAUAUUAAGGAAAUGUAAAAUUCUUUAAAAUUGGAUGAAUCAUUAAUUAUUUCAAUUAAAGUUCAAACGAUAGCAAAUUCAGACUAUUUAAUAUUAGCAAUACAUGAUCUUACAAGAUCAAUCAUCCUUUAUUAUUUUAAUGAUCAUGAAAUACAUUAAAUAUCAAAUUAUAGUUUUUCUGAUUAUUAAUUUGUUCAUCCAUUUAAGUACAAAAUAAAACUUCAUCACUUAGCUGUUUUAAUGAAGUAAAAUAAGAACCUAUAUAUAGCUAUAUUUGAAUGUAAUCUAUCCUCCUUAUAAUUGUAAGAAAUUACAGAAACUGAUGAUUCUUUUUUUAUAUUUCAUUAAAGUGAUCUAUUAUAUUCAUUCAAUAAAGAAUGGAGACUUUUACUUUUGAAUGAAAUUAUUGUUGAAAUGAUGACAAACACUAUUUUUUUAAAUAACUUAUCAUCCUUCUAUUAUACAUAUUUAUAUCCACCAUAAUAAGAAGAUAGAGGUAUUUAAUUAAAAAUUUAGAUUUUAAAUAAUUGCUAUAAGUUAUAUUCUCUUUAAAAUUUAACUAAAUUUGAAAUUUAAUAGAAUUAAAUUAUAAAAUUAAACAUAUCUGAUAUUUUUUAUGGUCCAAUUAAUAGUUUAACUCUUGUAACUAAUUCAUCAAUCACUUUGAAUGGACCUUUUCGAUUAAGAGAAGAAUUUUAAUUAUGUAGUCUAAAUAGAACUAAUUUUUGUAUUAAAUAAUAUUAAAUUGAAAGAGCAACAUAAAUUUUAAUGUUUUCAUUAAUUAUUCUAGAAAAUAAAAUCUUUGAAAUUUUAAAUGAUUCAAACGAAAACAUUAUUUUUAUUACUUUUAUAAAAUUGAAUUAUUAUCUUUGCUUUUUUAAAUCAGACAACAAUUUAAAAAUUCAAUUAAUUUAAUGUUCUGAUGAAUAUAUUAAUGUAAUCUCAGAUCUUAAUAACAAUUUUAAAAUAUAAGAAAUUAAUCGAAGUGAUAUAAAAAGAACAGGAAAUUUAAUUAAGCUAAAAAAUGAAUUUAUCCAGACUUUUAUAUAUUUUGAAGAUAUCAAUUUUAUUUUAAUAAAUCUAUCUGAGAUUGUUUUGGAUGUCAUACAUAUUGAAAAUUCACAGAAUCAAUAUUUAAUUUUAUAAUAAAACUAAAUAAAUCCAAUAGAUAUAGAUUUAAUUAUUUACUCAAUAAAUCUAGAUUAGAAAAUCUUAUUAUAUUCCUUAUCAAUAUAUAAAAAACUUUAAAUAGAAUUGUCUAUUAGAUAAAUUAUUUUUUAGGAAUUAAAAUUAACUUAAUGUAUAUAAAUUGGAAAUUUAAUUAUAAUUAAACUAUUCAUUUUUAGUAAAUAAUAUUCUUAUAUCUUUUAAUUAAUAUUAGAUCAAUAGAAGAAUUAAAUUACUUUUGAACUGUAAAAGUCAAUUAGAAAUGGUAUUUCUAUCAACUCCAUAAAUUCAAACUUCAAAAUAGACUAUUCAGAUGAAAAUAUUUUGGUUUUAAAUUAAAUAUAUACAAAUCAGUAGUUAUUUUAUGAUUUUAGUCAAGAUAGAAACUUUUACGAUUAUUUUCAUAAAUCAAUUAAAUAUUUUUAAAUAAAAAGAUUUAAUACUACACAUUUCAUCUUCAUCAAUGAAUCCUCUAUCCAUUUAGGAACAAUUGGAUAUGAAAUAUAAUAAUAAAAUUCGAUAGAAAUUAAUUAUAAUUUUUUAUUACAUGCAUAAAACGAUGUAUAUAUCAAUAACUACAUCCUUCUCUAUCAGAUGAAAAUGCAUCCUUUUAGAUACAUAUAAUUAAAUAAAAGCAUUAAUUUACAAAGACUCAAAUAUUAAUUUAAUUAUCAUGCUUAAUUUUCAUAAUUAUAUAUCUAAGAAAAAGAAAAAUUUGAUAUUAAAAACUAAUUUAUAACAAGUUUAAACAUACAUUUAUAAAUAAUAAACUAAUUUAAUGAAUUUACCUAAAACCAAUUUUCAUGUUAAAUAUAUAAUGUUAAUAGAAUUAUUAAUAAUUUGUUUUGGCCAAGAAUAUAAAUAUUUAUAUUUUUUAUUCAACAAAAUUCUCUUCAUUUUAAUUAAACUAACAGAUUGUUAAAUCUUUCAUCUUUCUACAUUAUAUUUUUUUUAAUUGUUAAUUUUCUUUCAGUAAAAUUGAAUUAACUAUCUUUAGAAUUUGAAAUACCAUCUUAAUUCUGA